AUGUUGUACCAACAGACGUGGUGUCAGAACCAUGUGCUGUGUCGGUGGUGUACCCAACUCACCCGACGUAUCCAGUGUACCCAACAUAGGUACUCGGUACACCCAGGUGCUUUGACUCAACAUAGAUACCAUGAGCCAGCACAAAUAUCCCCGGGAGGCAGCUCUGGCUACCAAUCUGCGACUGCUACAUCCGUUUCUCCAGCAAAGUGCUCGACCGACAACCUUGAAGACGCUGAAAUCUCGGACGACCCGGAUUUUCAGCGUUACGAAAAGGCUGCCAUGGAUGCCAUAGUAUCGAGAAACGGUGGUACGAUAAUUGCCAGCAAUCCGCGCAUGCGUCGUGCCGUACGGUUACAGCCGCACACUGGCGCCGCGGUGGAGGACGACGCCUACCGACGCACGCGCGAGAAGAACAAUGCGGCGGCCAAGCAGAGCCGCUACCGGCGCAAGCUGCGCGAGAUACACCUCUCCCUGAAGGUGACCUACCUCAAGCGGCAGCUGGCGGCGCUCAAGGCGGCGCUGGGUUCCCAGACCUGCACUCGCUGCCACCGCUCCACUGUGUUCUCGUAA